AUGCGGAUCGUGGACGACGACGUCAGCUGGAAUAGCAUUGCCGCCGUCCAGGAGAAGGAGGAGGAGGAGGACGAAGGGGACGCGCCUGUGGUGGCAGAAUUUAUCGAUGAGCGUCCAGACGAAGUCAAGCUCAUGGAGGAAUUCCGAACAAACGCUAAAUGGAAACUUCUAGGAGACCAGAACGAAGACUCACAAAGCUCGGAUAUUUCGGUACCGGCCAAAUCUACCGUGAGGCGCCAGCGCCACGACUCCCCGGACAGCUCGCCACCGAGGAGGCUGCGGCACGACUCCCCGGACACGUCACCUCCAGGCCAACAGCGCCACGACUCUCUGGAUCUGUCCCCUCCCAGGCGAGAGAGAAACAACUCCCCCAGCCUCUUGCCUCCCAGGCGGCAGCGCCACGACUCCCCCGACCUCUCGCCGCCGAGAAGGAAGCGCCACGACUCCCCGGACCUCUCGCCGCCGAGAACGCAGCGCCACCCCCCCCCGAGCCCCGCGCCGCCGAGAAGGAAGCACAACGGCUCCCUGGACCUCUCUUCUCCAAGACGGAAGCGUCACGACUCCCCUGACCUGUCACCGCCCCGGCGACAGCGUCACGACUCCCCAGACACAUCUCCAAAGAGACGUCAGGCUACUCCGGAUCUGUCCCCUCCGCGGAAGAAGAGGUACGAUUCCGACCCGGAUUCUUCACCGCCUCGGAGAAAGAGGACUGGGUCACCUAGUCUGAAAAAGCAGAGCAGAACAAAAGGUGCUUCUCCAGCCGCGAAAAAGCUUAAGCAGGUGCCCUCGCCUCAGAGGUGCCUGCGGCACGGCUCUGCCUCUCCAUCUCCACGGAGGGGUACCCGGAACGCCUCCGAUGCAGACCGCAGGCCAGGCCGCGUCCGCGGCGGCUCCCCCACGCGUGGUGCUCUCAAACAGAAUCAGAGCGAAUCGUCAGACUCCGAUUUAUCUCCUCCACGACGGGCUCUGCCAGCCGGAAAGGAUCAGCACGGUUCCAGGAGUCCCCCUGACCUCUCACCUCCUCGCCACCGCGAGGCGAAGGCGUCUCCCAAGAAGGCCAACGUGAUGUUAUCUGGGGUCAAAGCUGGCUUGGUGUCAGCUGACGUGCUGUGGAGGGAGCAGCAGGAGCUCAGGAGGCACGAGAGAAACAACAAGCACUUGGAAGAGGAAUCCCGACACUCCGAGACCGUCUUCCGAGACAAGUCGGGCCGCAAGAGGGACCUCGCGCAGGAGCGGCUGGAGCAGAGGCGGAAAGAUGAAGCCAAGUCCGAGAGGGACGAGCAAUACGCCAGAUGGGGUAAAGGGCUGGCGCAGGGGAGGCAGCAGCAGCAGAACGUGGAAGAUGCAAUGAGAGAGAUGCAGAAGCCGCUGGCCCGUUACAUUGAUGACCAGGAUCUGGAUCGAAUGCUGAGAGAACAAGAGAGAGAAGGAGACCCCAUGGCUGACUUCAUCAAAAAAAGGAAGGCCAAAGAGAACAAAGAAAAGAAAGAGAAACCGAGGUACAAAGGACCAGCGCCCCCGCUCAACAGAUUUGAUAUAUGGCCCGGGCAUCGCUGGGAUGGUGUGGACAGGUCCAACGGAUUCGAGCAGCAGCGCUUCGCCAGGAUGGCCAACAAGAAGGCGGUUCAGGAGCUCGCGUACAAGUGGAGCGUCGAGGACAUGUAG